GAAUGGCGUUGGUGGCGGGAAAGUUGAGUCUCUCCUGCGCCUAGCCUUGGGGGCGAUGUGUAGUGACUUCCAUAGGGCUGAGUCUGGGACCGAGCUCCUUGCCCGACUUGAAGGUAGAAGUUCCUUGAAAGAAAUAGAACCAAAUCUGUUUGCUGAUGAAGAUUCACCUGUGCAUGGUGACAUUCUUGAAUUUCAUGGCCCAGAAGGAACAGGAAAAACAGAAAUGCUUUAUCACCUAACAGCACGAUGUAUACUUCCCAAAUCAGAAGGUGGCCUGGAAGUAGAAGUCUUAUUUAUUGAUACAGAUUACCACUUUGAUAUGCUCCGGCUAGUUACAAUUCUUGAGCACAGACUAUCCCAAAGCUCUGAAGAAAUAAUCAAAUACUGCCUGGGAAGAUUUUUUUUGGUGUACUGCAGUAGUAGCACCCACUUACUUCUUACACUUUACUCACUAGAAAGUAUGUUUUGUAGUCACCCGUCUCUCUGCCUUUUGAUUUUGGAUAGCCUGUCAGCUUUUUACUGGAUAGACCGCGUCAAUGGAGGAGAAAGUGUGAACUUACAGGAGUCUACUCUGAGGAAAUGUUCUCAGUGCUUAGAGAAGCUUGUAAAUGACUAUCGCCUGGUUCUUUUUGCAACGACACAAACUAUAAUGCAGAAAGCCUCGAACUCCUCAGAAGAACCUUCUCAUGCCUCUCGACGACUGUGUGGCGUGGACAUAGACUACAGACCCUAUCUCUGUAAGGCAUGGCAGCAACUGGUGAAGCACAGGAUGUUUUUCUCCAAACAAGAGGAUUCUCAAAGCAGCAACCAAUUUUCAUUAGUUUCACGUUGUUUAAAAAGUAACAGUUUAAAAAAACAUUUUUUUAUUAUUGGAGAAAGUGGGGUUGAAUUUUGUUGA